CGUCUCCGUUUCGGUUCGGCGUUCCGGGGGGAGCUAGUUUGCUAAGUGCCUGUGAGAUCCAGGCUGCGCCGCUUGGUGAGCAGUUUCGGCUGGCAGGAUUAAGGAGUUGCCCGGUAGUGCUUCGGGUAAGAGCCGUAGCCGGAGUUUGAACCACAAGGCGACGUCAGUCCAAGCCUCUCCCCCGGCCUAGCUGUCCCCUCCGACGUUUGGGCCGCCUCCAGUUGUAGCACCCGCAACAUGGAGAGUCUCCACUGCGUGAACCACGGGUGACCACGAGGGAAACGAGGAGCUCCAAAUGACGUUCCCAGGUGGCCUUGUGGAAGCAGCAGCAGACGCGGCGCUUUGGACCGCCUUUUCAUGACUGGUACCGCGCGCGUGUCAGCGGGAACAGCUCGGCGAAGCCUGCCGCCUCCAUCGGGCAGGGAGAUGCUGCUCUGAGACUGGAAGUCAAGGAAGCUACAAGAAAGGAGCCCCUGUGUAUAACCUACGCACGCCGGUGGGGAGGGGGGGGGGACAAAAAGGAAAAAAAAGCUGCAUGAUUGACACACGGGCGACUUCGGCUGCUGCGUUGGCUCGUUUAAGUGUGGCCGGGAUUUUUUUUUUUUGUUUUUAAAAACCCCCGGCGGCGACGGCGUGAUAUCUUUCCCGUCUCUCCCUCUUUAAACUAGCCUCGGUCGCUGCUGUUGGAGUCCCCAUGGUCUGCAUGGCUGGGGAAUAACCGUGGAGAGGCCAGGGUAUCACAAGCUUAUGGAUUUUGAUAAGAAAGGGGGCAAAGGAGAGACGGAGGAAGGUAAAAAGAUGUCUAAGACGACGGCCAGCAGGACUGGACAUGGCGGCAGGGGUACGGGGACCAAUUCCGGAGUGCUCAUGGUGGGCCCCAACUUUCGCGUGGGCAAAAAAAUUGGCUGCGGGAACUUUGGAGAGCUGAGGCUGGGCAAGAACCUCUAUACUAACGAAUAUGUGGCCAUCAAAUUGGAACCCACAAAGUCCAGGGCGCCGCAGCUCCACCUGGAGUACAGAUUUUACAAACAGUUGGGAAAUUCAGAGGGAAUUCCUCAGGUCUACUACUUUGGUCCAUGCGGGAAAUACAAUGCCAUGGUGCUGGAGCUACUCGGGCCCAGUUUAGAGGAUCUAUUUGACUUGUGCGACCGCACCUUCUCCCUCAAGACCGUCCUCAUGAUAGCCAUACAGCUGAUAACACGGAUGGAGUAUGUGCACACCAAGAGUCUGAUCUACAGAGACGUAAAACCAGAGAACUUCCUCGUGGGGAGGCCCGGGAGCAAGCGGCAGCACACCAUCCACAUCAUUGACUUUGGUCUGGCCAAAGAAUAUAUAGACCCUGAGACCAAAAAACACAUCCCCUACCGGGAGCACAAGAGUCUGACUGGGACGGCGCGCUACAUGAGCAUUAACACACACCUGGGAAAAGAGCAAAGCCGACGAGACGAUUUAGAGGCGCUGGGCCACAUGUUUAUGUACUUCCUCCGAGGCAGCCUUCCUUGGCAGGGCCUGAAGGCGGACACUUUGAAAGAGCGAUAUCAGAAGAUCGGCGACACCAAACGAGCCACCCCGAUCGAGGUGCUUUGUGAGAGCUUCCCUGAAGAGAUGGCCACCUACCUGCGCUACGUGAGGAGGCUGGACUUCUUUGAGAAGCCAGAUUACGACUACCUGCGGAAGCUCUUCACCGACCUGUUCGACAGAAACGGCUACGUCUUCGACUACGAGUACGACUGGGUCGGCAAAUCUCUCCCCACACCGAUCGGCCCGAUCCCCAGCGACACGACCCAGCAGCACAGCAGCAGAGACAAAGCACAACAGCAGAACAAAAACCAGUCACCUGAGCCCAAAGGAAGUGAGUCUCAGCCCACCCCGGUGACCAAUAAGGAGACUGUGGGGUCGCACCUCACAGCUGAGCGGCUGGGGGGCUCUGUUCAGGUGAUGAGCUCAACGAACGGCGAGCUGAACACGGACGAUCCCACAGCCGGACACUCCAACGCUCCCAUCACCGCUCCCACUGAGGUUGACGUGGUUGACGAAACCAAGUGCUGUUGUUUCUUCAAAAGGAGAAAGAGGAAAGCUCUCCAGAGGCACAAGUGAAGGAAGACGAUGGAGACAACUUGAAACAUUGUGGUCACUGUCAAGUUUUAAAUGGAGGAAACUACACAAAAGCCCCGCCCCCACGCCCCAAAUCCCUUCCCCCUCCCUACCUGGUCCUCCCACCCCGCCACCAUGUAUCCCCCCCUCGUUCCCAGCGCUCCCCACGGCUCCUGCCGAGUUGAAGGAAUGUCGCAGUCCUACUGACUCUACAAGAGACUUUUGAUUCUUUGACGGACGAAUUCUAAACAUACCUGCAUUACAGCCGGGGGCUCGAGGAAAAACGUAUAAAAGCUGUAACAAUGAAACUCGAAUACAGUGGCGUGAAUAUAUAAAAAAAAAAAAGGAGAAAAAAAAGAAAAAGAAAAAAGAUGCUGUUUGAAGCAGUUGUUGUAUUCUAGAUUCCAUGCAGAAGGUGAUUUGCUGGAUCGGCUGUUGAUCAGGAUCAGGGGAAAGCUUUCAGGUGGUUAAAGUGAAAGAAAUCUGCUCCGUAGGAAAUAAUUUUCUUUUUUUUUUCUUUUCUGGUGUGUAUUUUUGGGAUCAAGGUAAAAGGAGGGUGAAUUAUGCUGAUGUUCGAUCUGAGAGACACAGGAAGCAUUUCAUCUUCAAGACCGAAUCUGAUUUUUAUGUAUUUUAUUUUCCUCCUUUUUUUUUUUUUUUGUUUUUCGUAAGUGAAUCCUCAGUUUUCAGACCCUGCACUCAACGCUUCGUUCUCUGUCGUUUCUCCUCUGCUCUUUGCUCCCUGGUUUUCUUUUUCGUCCUUCGACGUCGUCUUUGUAGCACAGUCACUGGCCUCAGGUACUGUGGAAGAAUGGGGCGAAGGCAGACAUAUUAAGCUCUUUCAUUUUUAUUGCACUUUUUUUUUGGGAAAGAAAACAAUUACAGCGCAAACAACUUAGGUUUAAAUUUACCAAUUAAGAAAAUAAAGACUGAUGUAGGAAGAGUCAAAGAUCACAUCUGUUUAUGGCUGAAAAUUGUUGAUUUACGGUGAAAAAAGGAGGGAUGGGGGAGAGAGAAAGAGAGAGAUGCUUUGAUUUUACAUCCAAGUGAUUUACCAGAAAAUCGUAGUUUGUGCCUUUUUUUUUUUUUUUUUUUUUUUUUAAAGUAAAAUGUUUAAAAGCUCAAGCAAGUGUCCCUCAAUGAAAUUUGAUCUAAUCUGACCCAAAUGCUCAGUGGAUUAACGUCGGUGCACGCUGGCCGUCGCUAAUCCGGAAGUUCUUGUAAGCAAAUCUGUGAAAUGAGUGCGCGCAGCCCUCUCCGCCACAGACGCAGCUGCAUUUGACCCUCAUCCGCAUGCGACGGCGCGUUAAUGUGGUUGUUGCCAGCUCUGAUCUAACAGAGGGGGGGGGGACAACCAAAUAUGUCUGAAGCUGUUUUAUUUCCUCUGGAUGGCUGGAAGAAGCUGCGUGAGGUCCGUUGCUCUCUGUAAAAGAUCGGUAACGCCGUUCUCUUGGUUUGAGCCGACGUAGUUUCAUGUACCUCAUGUUUAGGUGGUCUUGUUUUUUCUUCUUCGUGCGUGACAGGACCCCGCUCCGUUGCUUAGAAAUUCAAAUCGUCCCCUAUAAAAAAAAAAAAAAUCUUACGUCAUCAGAGCUCCACCGUCUUAAACCCAUCUUUAAAUCCCCUCUCCUCCAGUGCAGAGCCGCUCUUUUCUGUUUUUUGUAAGAAAAAAAAAAAGCAUAUAAGUCGAAAUGGCAUUAUUAUAUUUUUGAUUCUUUACAAACCCUUUUUUUUUUCUUCCGUUUUCAUGUGUAAAUUUGUUCAAAUCUUAUUUAACAACAAAAGAAGAAGAAACGUCUGAGCCUGUUUAUGUUUGACAUCAUGGACCGAUUACUAGAGAUGCAGCGAUCGUUGAUUUCAUUUCUGCUAUUGGCUGAGGUUCUGACCUGCCGUUGUUGAUUUUUCUUCUAAGGAUUAUAACCUUCAAAGGUGAAAUGUUCUGUAGUUUUUUUUUUUUUUUUUUUUUUUAAAGAAUGCAGUAAUCAUGAAUAGAAAAAUGAAAUCAUUACAAAAUUGUCCAAGUUUAUGCAUCAAAGUCUAUAACUUUUUAGUUGAUAUGUAUUUUUUUGGGAUUAAACUCUGCAAAAGGGCAUCCAAGGACACGCUGCGGAGUGCGUUAAUGGACUUUAAAAGUGCAUAAUUUUAAAAAAUGACUUCUUAUCUCUGGGUUUUUCCAGCUUUGGAGCUGUUCUAACCCAUCAAGAGAAAAACAUCCAAUCCCUAGAAGAUAAACUGCAUCUCUACUGAGUCCUGAACUGCUCCCAUUGGGUCCCGGCUUGAUUGCUAAAGCACUAGAGCUCCAUUGAUGCACAAAAGGAGUCCAGAUAAUUCAUAAAUGUCUCCAGUAAUGAAGAAAAAAAAGGGGAAUAAAAAGCAACGUGGUAGAUGGAAACAAAUUCAGGCCACGAAGAUAUCAAAAUGUAACUUUUUAUUUUCAUUUUAAUACUUGAUCGGCCCGAUUUUUCAAUAAUUCCGUCCAUGAGUUACGCUUCCAGAACGGGCUGACAGGGAUGUCACAGCGGCGCGUCAAAACUCGCAGUAAACAAGUCAAACAAAACUAUUAAAGGAAGAAGAUCAUUCACAGGGAUAGAAAAAAUUUAACUUUAGACCUGCAAAGAAGGGGGAACAGCAUCCACACAAAAACAGCUUUGCUCCAAAGAGGUUUCAAACCUCGUCUGGUUUUCACACAAGAAGGUAGCACCCUUUUUAUUGUUUUUACCGUCGCAUCUGAACCGGGCUGGUUUUUAAGAGAACACACCAUUUGUUCCUCUAAGCGGGUUUUAGAGGAUUGAUGAACUGAAAAGAGGAAGCGGUCGAGUAACCCCACAACGUUCUUUGGAGGCCUCCUACAGCCAUGACUUCGUUUAGACGUGCAGAACGAGGCGCGGACGCUGCACAGUCGUCCGUUUGCCGCUGCAACAUUAACCCAGACGCAGAUCCCAGAUGUUCAGACUAUGGCAAGCCAGCAGGGUCAAAUACCUUCACUUAUUUUACAUGUCCGUUAAAAGAAGGGAUGUAAAAAUUCAACUUGGGUAGGCAGGGUCUCUUCCAGAAUGUUGUGUUUUAGGCCUAAAAGUUGGCUUUUUAAAGGCCACAUGAGCAGCAGAAAGAAAAGGAAAACUUGUAUAAAGUUACUGAACGCUGCUUCUAAAUCGUGCGCAGUGAACGCCCGCUGGAGUCCAAGGAGUAAUUACCAUCUAACCCAGUCAUUGAACGCCUCUUUGUCCGCCGUUCCAUUACCGGGCCGACCACCUCCAACCUGCGCCCACGGCCCUUCGGCUCGUCCUCGCCCAUUAAGCUAUUUCAUUUUAUGGCAUUUAUUUACAAGACGGGUUGAGAAGGUGCCCGUAAGCGGCCCUCCCGGCUUGCCAUAUCCGAUGAGCGUACGCCGUUGCUAGUAGGCCCAUCCGUGUCGUUAACAGCAAGGGGAGCGCUCGUCGGCUCCUCAGAGUAUUCCACUGAAAACUAAACUGGUCCCUCCGGCCAGUAAGGGAGCUCCAGCUUGUUAUAAUCCUUUACACUGCGUUUAUUAUGUGAUUUCUAAUAUGGGGAGAGAGUUUUUCGGAGAUGCUCAGACCAGUGUUGAACUGUGCUUCUGCUCUACGUCUCUUGGUGUAACUAUUUGCAACAUGUAUUUGUAAAUAUGACAACGACAGAUCUCUAAUUGUGAAUAAAGGAAGUUUUAUCACAGGA